AUGGUUUUGGAUCAGCAGAUGCUCCAUCUCAAUAUUGGCGAAGACUGUCCGCCGACCAAUUUUGCCAUGGUUACAACGCCUCCGUCGGAAAGUGAUUUGAUCAUGCGGCAGGAUGACCAGGACUCCGGAGUCAAAGUGCAAGACCAUACAAUCGCCUCCACCAAGGCCACUCCCGUGGCAGCAUGCCCGACCCCUGCCGACGACGCAAUGUGCCGGAUCUAUCGUCGAACUCCUACCCCGACCAUCGUCUUGAACGGCUCCUUGCGGGUCACCGAGGUCUCCGAUAGUCACUUGGAUACGUUUAAAUCGACUAGGGGGCAGCUUCUACAUGCCAGCGUGUAUGACCUAGCGCCGUGCAUGGUUCCAGCACCAGACAUCGCGUUGUUGAGCGGCGCCCUGGGUGCGGCGUUUACCUCCCGAGCCGUUCAGACCAUUGAUCCUAUCUACGUCAAUGCCUGCGAUGCAUUCUUCUCACUUCGGGUGACUCCGAUCUACGAGGGGGAUGUCCUGAUAUACGCGCUCCUUGAAGCGCAGGACUCCAAACGCGGACAGCCCGUAUCAAAGGCAAUUAGUGAGCAGAAAUACCUCAACGAGACAUACCUCAACGAGACAUACAAAGUCUUGAUCGACACGGUGAAGGACUAUGCCAUUUUUAUGCUAGAUACACGGGGUUACAUUGCAACAUGGAAUGCGGGUGCUGCCAUUCUCAAGGGCUACACGCCCACUGAAAUUAUCGACCAGCACUUUUCGAUCUUUUAUUCCCGCGAGGAUCGCCUGAAGAACAAGCCUGCGAAGGAGCUGGAGGUGUGUUUGCAGGAAGGCAAGGUGGAGGACGAAGGGUGGCGCUAUCGAAAAGACGGGAGUCGAUUCUGGGCCAACGUCAUGAUCACACCCAUCUAUCAAUUCGAUCGGCACGUUGGCUUCGUGAAGGUGACCCGUGACCUGACCGAGCGCAAGGCCGCCGAGGCACGUUUGAUUGAUGCAUUUGAGGAAUCUUCAAAACUGAAAACCGAUUUUUUGGCCAACAUGAGCCACGAGAUCCGGACACCAAUGAACGGGAUGUCGCUAGCGCUGACCAUGCUUACUCGGACGCCAUUGAAUGAUGAGCAGAAUGAGUACGUCUCCGUCCUCGAGGAUUCAACUGCCAUUCUGUUACAGGUCAUUAAUGACGUGCUGGACUACUCCAAAUUGUCGUCCGGGUCCUUCUCUCUGAACGCGGAUGUAAUCAACAUACCCAGCGUAGUCAAUGCGGUUAUCCGCAACUGCAGGUCUUCGCUGAAACCUAGGGUCGUUCUGGAGAGCACCCUCAGCCCCGAAUUCCCUAAAAUCGUCAGAGGUGACCCUCUACGAUUCCGCCAAGUUUUACAGAAUUUGGUCAGCAAUGCCAUCAAGUUCACGGAAAGCGGCUACGUUCGUGUCGAUACCACCUUCUCCGUGGAUGAAAAUGACCCAGACACGUAUAACAUCUCAACCCAGGUGGUGGACUCCGGGAUCGGUGUUCCCGAGGAUGCCAUCAACACCCUCUUCACACCAUUUACCCGAUUCGCAGACACUGUGACGAAGCGAUACCAGGGCACCGGACUGGGACUUUCGAUUUGCAAGAGUUUGGCUGAACUCAUGGAAGGGGCGGUGGGGUUCCAUUCGAACCCUGAUGGGCCUGGCAGUGUGUUCUGGGCGACAGCCAGAAUGGGUCGCGUCGACAUGCCCGUUCCCCAGGAGAGGCCCCGAAUCUGGCCGGCGAUCGGCACACAUAUCGAUUCGUCGGAUUUGCUUCAGAAGAUUGCGCCACAAAAGCACAUACUGCUCGUUGAGGACAACAAGGUGAACCAAACGAUCAUGCUCAAGCUGCUCAGCAGCCUGGGCUUCGAACGAGUCGAUGCUGCUUGGGAUGGCGCCGAAGCCGUGCGGAUGGUGAAGCAGAAACCACUGGCAUAUAAUCUGAUUCUGAUGGAUAUUAACAUGCCUAUCAUGGACGGCUUAGAAGCCACCGCGCAAAUCCGCCUGACCCACAGCGAGUUGCCCAUCAUCGCACUUACUGGGAAUGCCCUGAAAGGAGAUGCUGAGACCUAUUUGGCAAAGGGAAUGAGUGACUACAUUGCGAAACCCUUGCAUCGCCAGCAGUUGGUCGAACUGCUCUGGAAGUGGUUUGAAGGAUCUUGA